AGGAGGAGGAGGAGGAGGAGGGAUGAGGCGCGUAGAGGGGAAAUGGCUGCCGAAAACAAGCCGGAAGGGUUGAAGAGGAUAAGGAAUCCAGAGCGGAUGAUCAGAAUCGCCGUGGGAUACACAGGACACGCCCCUCCCAAGAGUGAUGACACUGACACCAAUGGUGAGCAGGGUCAGUUGAAGAUCUACCUACCUAAGAAGCUGUUGGAGUGUUUGCCCAAAUGUUCCUCUCUGCCGAAGGAGCGUCACCGCUGGAACACCAAUGAGGAGAUUGCAGCGUAUCUGAUCACAUUUGAGAAACAUGAAGAAUGGCUGACGACAUCACCCAAGACCAGGCCCCAGAAUGGCUCGAUGAUCCUGUACAACAGGAAGAAGGUAAAGUACAGGAAGGAUGGCUACUGCUGGAAGAAGAGGAAAGAUGGGAAGACCACCAGAGAGGACCACAUGAAGCUCAAAGUACAGGGAGUUGAGUGUCUGUACGGAUGUUACGUCCACUCCUCCAUCAUCCCUACCUUCCAUCGCAGAUGCUAUUGGCUGCUCCAGAACCCAGACAUUGUGUUGGUGCACUACCUGAACGUGCCAGCGGUGGACGACAGUGGGAAGCCAUGUGGGCCUGUCCUCUGUUCCAUCAACACAGACAGGAAGGAGUGGGCCAAGUGGAGCAAGGAGGAGCUCAUUGGACAGCUCAAACCCAUGUGUGCUGGGAGUAGCCUGCACCAGAAGUGCUCCACAGCCAAACACCGCAUCAUCUCUCCCAAAGUAGAAGCAAAGGCAGGAGCAGGGGCUGGGUCAGGGGCUGGGUCAGGAACUGGGUCAGGGGCUGGCACUGGGUCAGGGGCUGGGUCAGGGGCUGGGUCAGGGGCUGGCACUGGGACUGGGUCAGGAGCUGGGUCAGGAGCUGGGUCAGGGGCUGGGUCAGGGGCUGGCACUGGGACUGGGUCAGGAGCUGGGUCAGGAGCUGGGUCAGGGGCUGGGUCAGGAACUGGGUCAGGGGCUGGGUCAGGGGCUGGGUCAGGAGCUGGGUCAGGAACUGGGUCAGGGGCUGGGUCAGGGGCUGGGUCAGGGGCUGGGUCAGGAACUGGGUCAGGGGCUGGGUCAGGGGCUGGGUCAGGAGCUGGGUCAGGAACUGGGUCAGGGGCUGGGUCAGGGGCUGGGUCAGGAGCUGGGUCAGGGGCUGGCACUGGGACUGGGACUGGGACUGGGUCAGGGGCUGGGUCAGGGGCUGUGUCAGGGGCUGGGAAAGGGGUAGGGACAGGCGCAGUGUCAGAGGUGCAAAACAGUGAUGUGUCCGAGGGGCAGACAGAGCCCAUUCCUGGAGUGGGGGCUAGGAGCAAAGGGGGGGAUGAGAGGAAGAACGGCAGGCUGCCCAAAUCCUCCCUGCUUCCCCAGAGCAGCAUGGAAGUCUCCUCCACGUCCACCAAUCAGGUGGAGGUUCCUGACACCACACAGAGCUCUCCACUGUCAAUCACCAGCGACAUGACUGCCGACAGUCCCGCCUUCAGCCUGGCCAGCAGCCUAUCACAGAGCUCCGCUGCUGUGUUCAUGUCCGAGGUUGCCACGGUAACAGGGGAUUCUGUGUACACCGCAGAACAUGCCCACCUGAUUGGCUCCACCCAUGGCGCCACCACCGCUGGGAUUCUAGUGGCUGUGGCCCCGGACACCCAACGCUUUGCAUUCCCUAGGGGGGUGGGGUUAGGAGAAGAAGGAGGGGAGUUGGUCCUCUCAAACAGUCUGGACUCUGGAGGUUCUGGAGUCAACCUUCCUGAGACCAGCAUGAACUUUGACCCGGACUGCUUCCUGAACAACCCCAAGCAGGGCCAGACAUACGGGGGAGGAGGGGGGAAGGCCGAGGGAGGUAGCUGUAAUGGUGAAGGGGGGCUCCGCUGCUCUCAACAGUCACUAACGGCUAAUGGCUAUGUCUUCAAUGCAGAGCUCGUAAACAACAUCAAGACUGAGGACACGCCCUUGGAGCAGCCGCUGGCCAAUCAGAGCGGAUACACUGGUGAGGGAGCGGGCCUGAGCCCCAGCACCACACUGGAGCAGAUGGACUUCAGCGCUGUGAUGUCAUCAGCCUGCGCUCAGAGUUUAGCACAGCAGAUACAUCAACAAUCCCCUAGUCUCUUCCUGCAGACCUCCCCCCAGAACCCCCUCGACCAGCCCACCCAGCCCCAGCCCCAGAUCAGUGUCUCCGAGACAGGCCAGGAAUCAGGCGAGACCCAGACUUAUCUGGGCCUUCCUACAAUACCACAGACUGACUCUCCAGGCAACAACCGAGACCCUCACACACACCUCCACCAACCCUCCCCAGACCAACAUGGCCACAGUGAGGGAAGUGGGAAAGGGGGUCUGGAGAAGAGCAAAGACCGGCUUAGCAUCAGGGGGUCUGGGAAGGUGGGGAUACCAGAGAAAGAGCCACAGAAGAGGGCUGAGUUACCACUCAAGCCUGUGGAAGAGCAUGAGGCCUACAGAAACAACACUAGUGUUGGGGGAGGUGGAGAGCACUACCUACAGCCAACAAUCAAUAUUGGGGGAGUAGAGGGAGGACAAGAAGGAGGAGGAGAGAACAAUAUUUUCUGUAACGGGGUCAGGGAUGUAGGAGUUAACAGCUCAGUGGUAGACAGUCCUCAAUCUGUAGCUGGAGCAGCCAUUGAGGGGGGGUUGUACAGCUCUACUCUUCCCCAGCCGGGUGUAGGGGAGGCUGGGGGAGCUGAGGGGGCAGGCGGGGGCAUCAGCCUGGAAGGCUUCGAGGCAUCGUUUGGGAACCAGUUCUCUGACCUCAUCAAUGACUUCAUCUCUGUAGAGGGGGGUGUGGGGGGGGUGGUGGUCGGGACAGGGGGCAGUGCCCUUUACACCCCUGCUCUGAUGCCCCAGGAAGGAGUUAGAGAGGGCCAGGGGGCGGGAACAGCUCCCAUUCAGGGUUCAGAGGUGGAGCAGGAAACUCUGGGAUUGCUGCCAGAGACGGGGAGGCUGUUAAGGGUGACUGACUACUCCCCCGAGUGGUCUUACCCAGAGGGUGGGGUGAAGGUAUUGAUAACAGGUCCCUGGCUGGAGGCCAGCAGUGAGUACAGCUGUCUGUUUGACCACAUCAGUGUACCAGCUGCUCUCAUACAGCCAGGAGUACUGCGCUGCUACUGCCCAGCCCAUGACACAGGUCUGGUGAUGCUGCAGGUUGCUAUGGGUGGCGAUGUGAUAUCUUCCUCUGUAGUGUUUGAGUAUAAAGCUAGAGACUUGCCCACCCUGCCCUCCUCACAACACGACUGGUUGUCCCUGGAUGAUACCCAGUUCAGGAUGUCCAUUCUGGAGCGUCUGGAGCAGAUGGAACAGAGAAUGGCUGAGAUAACCAAUCACCAUCAGAGCUCCGAAACCACAGCAACCACGGGGGGAGGAGGAGGAGGUGGCACUGACCACCAGUCUCAGCUCUCCCCAGCCGAGGGUUCGUUUGAGGGCCGUGUGGUAGUAGUGUGUGAGAAGAUGAUGACCCGCCCCUUUUGGGUUUCCCCCAAUCAGCUGAUCCACAGCCGGAGCUCCCGGGGCAUGACCCUCCUGCACCUGGCCGCAGCUCAGGGCUACGCAGGGUUAAUACAGACUCUCAUUCGCUGGCGCACUAAGCAUGCAGACAGUAUAGAUCUGGAGUUAGAGGUGGACCCUCUCAAUGUCGACCACUUCUCCUGCACCCCACUGAUGUGGGCAUGUGCUCUGGGUCAUACAGAAGCAGCUCUGGUUCUGUACCAGUGGGACUCCAGAGCUUUGGCCAUCCCUGAUUCACUGGGCCGCCUGCCACUCAGUAUUGCACGCUCACGGGGACACACUCAAUUGGCCGAGCUCCUGGAGCAGCUGCAACAGGCUCCUCCUAAUCAGGGUCCGCCCACCGACACCUGGAUGGACAGGUGGAGCAGCGAAUCAGAGCCCAGUGCACAGAGGGAAAGUCCCACCCCCAACUCUAACCCAGACCUGAGGAGAACCAGGACAGAACCCCAGCAGAGCAACCAGAACCAGAGCCUCAGCCAGAGCCAGGGUCAUUGCUGGGCUCACAAGGGCCAACCCCAGCUGCAGGGCCAACACCGGGGGCUACAGGACAACCAGGGAGACCCCCCACCAGCCAAGAGACUCAAACUCAAUUCUGAGGCCCAGCAACGGCCAGCCAACCCCCCAACCCCCCCCCACACUCCCUCUCAUCACCCCAACCCCCUAUGCUCUCAACUACCCAACCUCAGCCCCCUUAACACCCCAAAUCCCCACCUCCCCAGCCCCCCUCUCUCCCACCUGCAGGCCAGGUUAGGGGGGUCAGGGGGUGGCAGUAGGUAUAGCUUGCGGCAGGCUCUUGGGAGGCGGAGUUUGGCCAGGAGGAUUCUGGGAAAGGAGAGACAGGCCAAUCGUCUGCGUCAGGGGGGUGUAUCCAUCAGGGGGGAGGAGUCAGAACUGCUGACCUAUCAGGAGGACAGUGAAGACCUGCAGAUGAACAUGAUGAUGCUGGCUGAACACAUCAUGGAGGCCACUCCUGACAGGAUCAAACAGGAGGCUUUUGUUGCCACGGACACUGAGACGUCGUCCCCAGAGGCAGAUGGGGUCAGCGGUGAUGUCAGCUGGUUAGCUAGUUACAUUGGUGACGUGGAGCGGUUUCUGUACUCCAGGCCCAAGAUGCCCACCCCAAGCCCCAUACCAAGCCCCCUCUCUGGGCCUGAGGAUCAGGAUAGUCCCCUGGCUCCGCAAGGCCUCCCCUGCCCGGCCGACUGGAGCUCCUUCCUGCACUCAUCGCUCAGAGGGGAGGCCCCAGACACCAACCCUGCCCACUUCACACUGACGGAGGCGGAGCAAAGACAACUGUACGAGGCCGCAAGACACGCCCACCACACUCUCAGAAAGUACAAGGGCCGGCCAAUCCAAGAGCAACGUAAAGAGACAGUAGCAGUGGUCCAGCGCUGCUAUAAGAAAUACAAACAGUAUGCACUUUAUAAGAGGAUGACGCUGGCAGCCAUCCUGAUCCAGAGCCGCUUCCGUAGUUUCCACGAGCAGAGGAAGUUCCAGCAGAGCCGCCGAGCAGCAGUACUGAUCCAGCAAUACUACCGCAGCUACAGACACUCUCUCAGCAGUCUCCUCACUAAGAGACAGAACCAGGCUGCUCGUAAGAUCCUGAGGUUCCUGCUCCGAUGCCGCCACAGCCCCUUGAUGGACCAUAGACCAGUCAAACGGGGCAAGAGAGCACAGAAAGGCCAGGGGUCCUGAGAGCCAACCGCCCAGUCCAACACAGAGCCGCAUCAUCAUGUGAGCUCCUCUACACUCUUCUCUUUCCUCUGCUCCUCUCCCUUCUUCCCUCUGUCUCACACAGGGGCAACUCUCCAUUCCCCCGUCCUUUCCCUCUCCCCAUCCCUCUUACAAUGGGACUACUUCCCAGUCCACACUCUUCCCUCCCUCUCACAAUGGGACUACUUCCCAGUCCACACUCUUCCCUCCCUGUCACAACGGGACUACUUCCCAGUCCACACUCUUCCCUCCCUCUCUCCAUUUCAGACAGAGAAAAACUAUUCCCCAAACAGACUACUAACACUCAAAUAGGAGGAUGAGGAGGGAUACAUGGCAACUAUAUCACUAAAACAACACAGGGACAACUCUCCUUUCCUUUCUCUCCUCCCUCUCCUCCCUCUUUCCUCCCUCUCCUCCCUCUCCUCUUUCUCCUCCUGUCUCUCCUCCUGUCUCUCCUCCCUCUGUUUCUGAGAGACAAACGCUUCCCAAACAGACAGGGACACAUGGCAACUAUAUCUGGGAGACUGCUCUGAUGAACGUAUGGACCUGGCUCUGGCCACAGCAUCGCUUUACUUUCACCUUCCUCCAGAUCACAGGGAGGAAACUACAUUACCCUCAUGGCAUCUUUGCACUCUUCACAGAUCAAUGGUUUCUUCAAUAGCAAAAAAAGAAGGAUACACCUAUAGAACAUGUUCCAUACGGAGAAUGGGAUGAUUGGUUUUCUGAUAUGGGCAACAUUUGCAUUGACAUGCAUAAUCUAUAUGGGACCUGCUGUAUUUUCUAAAUAAAUGAUACAUUUUAGAAAAGGAAAACAUAAACCAAAUAUCACUCCCAUGUCCUUGUAUGCAUGCACUGUUUUUCACUAGCUCUUCUUCUUCCAUGGCUUGUAUGGCAGUUGACAAAGUCAAUGUGACAUUACCACACUCUGAUUGGCUGGAUAGACCUGUCAACCAGUCACCCAAAAAGAAGGACUACACUUGAAUGUAAGAAGAAUAUUAACCGAUAGAGGUUUGGGUCUAAAUAACAAUGUCUUCAUUUGUUAUAUUGACUUGUCUAUGAAGUCAUUCUCUGAGGCAGCAUUUUGCUAGGCUGACGUUUUGAGUCUGUGUUUGUUGAAUGGUAUGCAUGUGUUUGAGCUGUGAGCUCCUGCAUGCUAACCAAACUGCUUAAGUGUUGUUUAUUUUCUAGUUAUGUGUAGUGGUGUCUCACUUCUGUCCUCAUCAACCUAUCCCUGUGUUCAUAAUGUGCUCUAUGUAAGGAAAAUAACCUGGGUUUCCUAUGUGUUUUAUUGAUGUAUUAUUUAUCUAUUUAUUUUGUAUUUUUUGCUUUUGUAAAUGUUUCUUCUUGUUUAACCUGGUUAUGUUCUUUAAUUUCAGUUACAGUAAGAAAAGGGCAUUUUCGAUCAAAUCAGUUUUAUCCCCCUAUUGUGUGGUAAUGUGUGACAUAUUCGGUUCAGGAUGGUUAACUGUCUCUGUCAAUUUGUUCUUAACAUGAACUUUAAAAAGCCACAUAUGGUUUUAAGGAGAGUGUCACAUUGCAUUGCCUUGACUUCUUAUAGACUGUGAGAAGUCCCUACGCUAUACACUAGACCCUGUCUAGGACAUGGGUCCCUAGCUAUAUUCACCCUUAUAGAGGGCAGCCCAACACUUAUUUUUGACUAUUGAGCGUCUCUGUACAUAAAAUGACGAGGUAAGGGUAUAAAUGGAGACCCUGGAUCUUUUUCAUAAGAAAAUACUGUAUUUAAGAAUAUAUAUUAUUUUACUUCUGUAACAAUAAUGUGGGCAGAUAGAGACCCUGGUAAACAGGACAGUUGUAUUGUUUGUAAAUAAUGUAAAUACUAACCAUGGAUCUAUGUGCAUGAGAAUUAAGACAAAGAAACCGGGCAAGAAAACCAACAUAAAAAUGUUUGUGGCUAUGGACUGUAAGAGGAUUUUAACUACUUCUCUUUAUGAGUGUUUGAUAUACAAUACCAGUCAAAAGUUUGG